UUUAAUUUUCUUAUUUUGUUUCUUUAUUUUUUGCGCAUUUAUUUUGCCGCCAAUAAAUAAUGAACGUAUCUGUGACAUCCUUGAACAUGCUGGAGGAAGACGAAGUGCGUCUGGGCUACAACCAUGAAGACAUCCAGACCUUUCUGAAGAAAUCGUCUAUCAAGGACUUGUUUCCCUACACAAGUGAAAUCACAGAGGCAAAGCGGUUACUGGAUCGAUUUGUAGUCACCUUAUCAGGGAAGCUGGUGCUGCAUCUGGAACAGCUAUUGGAUCUGUUUAGCCUGUCCAUUAUGAUGAUAACAUACGAAAAGGAAAAUAUGCUGGUGACGAAGGAACGCUUUAUGUUAGUGGAUGUGGUCAGUCAUCUGGCGGAUUCCCUGAGUUCAGAGGAGAUUAUCUUCAUGGCCACUGGUUUGUUCGAGAACUUCGUUUCUGGUCUGGGUUUGGAGCGCUUGGAAAAGGUUCUGGACGUGCAGGCCGCCAUUCCCGCCUUUGUGGAGUCCUCCGGACUAGGACUCAAUGUUGCUAUGGCUCUUUUGCUUACCAUAAUGGGGCGGUACAUAGGAGUACAAGUUUAUCUGGAUAACAAGGAAACUGCUCGCCAGGCUUUCGAGAUGGCAAAAUUGAUCAACUGGCAGCAGCUGGCGGACAGUGGCCGCCAUGCAGAUAUGUAUAUGCUCAUCCGAACAUUCAGCCUGAUCAUCAACUGCCGUCGUUCACGAGAGGAGUGUCCUGAUUGGAAGAAUAACCUGGGUCCCGAGAUACACAAAUACUUCCUGCAGGUCGGGAAGGCAUUCGAUAAAUCUGCUGAAUAUGGGGCCUUCCAAAUGAUGAUUGAGCGUUUCAUUGCCUACUGCGUUAUCCGCGGAGCAACCACAACCCCUCAACUAUGCACCUACAAGAUUUCAGAGAUAACUAAUUCAGAGGCUGACCAAAUUUAGGAUUAAGUGUUAUGUUUCUGUUUAGCUUAAACUAGCUUAGCAAUGUGUAAGAGUAUGUAAGUGAUGAACAUAGUUUUUAAUUUGAACACAUUUAGCAUACAGCUGAGAUGAAAAACAAAUACCAAAUAUCUAAUCUGUUAAGUAGUGGAUAACCUUUUUUUUUUUUUAAGAAAAAGAUUUUUAAAAUUAAAUGAAGUUGGCGGA